AAUGCUUCAUGGCUGAGUUUUGAUCGUCAUCAUUGCUGGCCGUCCUACCACACCUAAGCGUUCUGCUGGAUCUGUGGGAUCCAACCCUCACCCCUGAUUCUUUACUGCAGUCAACAACUCAGAAAUAUUCAAGAAUCACAAGACAGUUUCCUGAUGCAGUGCUGCCAAACCUCCUGCAGAGGGCAGUAUUGGUCGACUGGUUUUGAUGAAGGCAGGAAGUGUGUGAAGGCAGCAGCAUGGAUCAGUGUGAGGACGAGAGAGUUCCUCCGGAACAGAGGAGAGGACGAGGAGCUCAGAGCAGUCAGCUUCAAACACAUGACGAUGUGACGCCUGAGGACCAGGAUGACUCCAGGGAAGUGAUGAUCUCCAGGAGUGACAGCUAUACUGUAAAAAGGUGGUUGAAGGCCACUUUGAGGCAUUUGGACCCCAGUGGGCUGAAGGAAUUCAAGUGGUACCUGAAUAAUGCAGAAGAAUCAAAGGAUGGUUUCAAACCGAUCCCACUGGGUCCUCUGGAGCAUGCAGACGCGUUGGACACAGGAAACCUGAUGGUGCAACGGUACUCCUCAAAGACCAGAGAGGUGGCCGAGACGAUUUUAAAGAUGAUGAAAAGUGAUAAAGAAAAACCUCCAGUCUCUCCAGCUGUUGUAACAGGUACUUUUGCGGAAGUUUGUAAAAAGCGGCUGAAGUCUAAGCUGAAAGAGAAGUACCAGCAUGUGUCUGAGGGGAUUGCUAAAGCAGGAGAGACAACCCUUCUGAAGCAGAUCUACACAGAGCUCUACAUCACAGAGGGAGGGACUGGAGAGGUGAACAAAGAACAUGAAGUCAUACAGAUUGAAGCAGCUUCCAGGAAACCAGACGGAGCAGAAACAACCAUCAGACAGGAAGACAUCUUUAAACCCCCACCUGGAAGAGAUAAACGAAUCAGAACAGUGAUGACGAAGGGAGUGGCCGGCAUCGGGAAAACAGUCCUAACACAGAAGUUCAGUCUGGACUGGGCUGAAGGCAGAACCAACCAGGACAUCCAGUUCCUGCUUCCAUUCACCUUCAGACAGCUGAAUGUGCUGAGAGAGGAGAAGUUCAGCUUGUUGGAACUUGUUCAUCUGUUCUUCACUGAAACCAAAGAAAUCUGCAGCUUUGAAGAGUUCCAGGUCGUGUUCAUCUUUGACGGUCUGGAUGAGAGUCGACUUCCUCUGGACUUCCACAACUCUACAAUCGUCAGUGACCCCAGAAGGUCCACCUCAGUGGACGUGCUGCUGACAAACCUCAUCAGGGGGAACCUGCUUCCUUCUGCUCGUCUCUGGAUCACCACACGACCCGCAGCAGCCAAUCAGAUCCCUCCUGAGGAUGACUAUGUUGACAUGGUGACAGAAGUCAGAGGGUUCAAUAACCGACAGAAGGAGGAAUACUUCAGGAAGAGGUUCAGAGAAGAGAAGAAGUCCACCAAAAUCAUCUCCCACAUCAAGGCAUCACGGAUCCUCCACAUCAUGUGCCACAUCCCAGUGUUCUGCUGGAUCACGGCUUCGGUCCUGGAGAAAGUCCUGGAAACCAGAGGGGGAGGGGAGCUGCCCAAGACCCUGACUGAGAUGUACAUCCACUUCCUGGUGGUCCAGGCCAAACUGAAGAAGGUCAAGUAUGACGGAGGAGCUGCGAAGGAUCCACACUGGAGUCCAGAGAGCAGGAAGAUGGUGGAGUCUCUGGGAAAACUGGCUUUUGAGCAGCUGCAGAAAGGAAACCUGAUCUUCUAUGAACCAGACCUGAUAGAGUGUGGCAUCGAUGUCAGAGAGGCUUCAGUGUACUCAGGAGUGUUCACCCAGAUCUUUAGAGAGGAAAGCAACAUGUACGAGAACCAGGUCUUCUGCUUCAUCCAUCUGAGUGUCCAGGAGUUUCUGGCUGCUCUUCAUGUCCAUCAGACCUUCAUCAAGUCUGGAGUCAACCUGCUGGAGGAGCAAAAGAACAUAUUCUGGUGGUUUAAAAAAAGAGCCGUGACUAAGCUCCAUCAGAGUGUUGUGGACAAGGCCUUACAGAGUCCCAACGGACACCUGGACUUGUUCCUCCGCUUCCUCCUGGGUCUUUCACUGGAGACCAAUCAGAACCUCCUACGAGGUCUGAUGGAACCAGAACAAAGAAGUUCACAGAACAAUCAGGAAACAGUUGAAUACAUCAAGAAGAAGAUCAGUGAGGAUCUGUCUGCAGAGAGAAGCAUCAACCUGUUCCACUGUCUGAGUGAUCUGAACGAUCGGUCUCUGGUGGAGGACGUCCAACAGUACCUGGGGUCUGGACGUCUCUCCACAGAUAAACUGUCUCCUGCUCAGUGGUCGGCUCUGGUCUUCAUCUUACUGUCAUCAGAAGAAGAUCUGGAGGAGUUUGACCUGGGGAAGUUCUCGCGUUCAGAGGAGGCUCUACGGAGGCUGCUGCCGGUGGUCAAAGCCUCCAAGAAAGCUGAGUUGAGUUACUGUAAUCUCUCAGGGAACAUCUGUCCACUUCUGUCCUCAGUUCUCAGCUCUCAGUCCUCCAGUCUGACAGAACUGGACCUGAGUCUCAACGAGCUGCAGGAUUCUGGACUGGAGAAACUGUGUCCUGGACUGGAGAGUCCACACUGUCACCUGGAGUCUCUCAGGUUGGUGGACUGCGGUCUGUCAGAGAUCAGCUGUUCUUCUCUGGUCUCAGCUCUGAAGUCCAACCCCUCCCAUCUGAAACAUCUGGACCUGAGCUGGAACAAGAACCUGCAGGAUUCAGGAGUGAAACAUCUGAGUGGAUUUCUGGAGAGUCCAGACUGCAGACUGGAGUAUCUGAGGUUGUAUGACUGCGGUCUGUCAGAGAUCAGCUGUUCUUCUCUGGUCCCAGCUCUGAAGUCCAACCCCUCCCAUCUGAAACAUCUGGACCUGAGUCACAACUACAACCUGCAGGAUUCAGGAGUGAAACAUCUGAGUGGAUUUCUGGAGAGUCCAGACUGCAGACUGGAGACUCUGAGGUUGAGGUGGUGCGGUCUGUCAGAGAUCAGCUGUUCUUCUCUGGGCCCAGCUCUGAAGUCCAACCCCUCCCAUCUGAAACAUCUGGACCUGAGUGUGAACAAGAACCUGCAGGAUUCAGGAGUGAAACAUCUGAGUGGAUUUCUGGAGAGUCCAGACUGCAGACUGGAGAAACUGGGGUUGGUGAGCUGCGGUCUGUCAGAGAUCAGCUGUUCUUCUCUGGUCUCAGCUCUGAAGUCCAACCCCUCCCAUCUGAAACUUCUGGACCUGAGUUACAACGACCUGCAGGAUUCAGGAGUGAAACAUCUGAGUGGAUUUCUGGAGAGUCCAGACUGCAGACUGGAGAAACUGGGGUUGAAGAGGUGCAGUUUGUCAGAGAUUAGCUGUUCUUCUCUGGUCCCAGCUCUGAAGUCCAACCCCUCCCAUCUGAAACAUCUGCACCUGAGUUACAACCAGAACCUGCAGGAUUCAGGAGUGAAACGUCUGAGUGGAUUUCUGGAGAGUCCAGACUGCAGACUGGAGACUCUGGGGUUGGCGAGGUGCGGUCUGUCAGGGAUAAGCUGUUCUUCUCUGGUCUCAGCUCUGAAGUCCAACCCCUCCCACCUGAAACAUCUGUGCCUGAGUUUUAAAGGCCUGAAGGAUCCAGAUGUGAAGCAGCUUCGUGAUCUGGUGAAGAGUCCAGACUACCAGCUGCAGGAUCUCAGCUGGAGUGAUGGUCCAGAAUAGAGUGUCCAGGACGGACGAGUCGUGUCCUGAUCGUCCUCAGAGUUGAAGCAGCACCAGUUUGUGUGGACAGACUCUGACUGGACCGUGAUGAAGAUGCAGAUGAUGAUGAUAAUGAUGAUGAUGAUGAUGAUGAAGAUGUACAUAGUUUCUGAAUUCCAGAGUUUUACAAACUCCUCAUAUAUUCAUUUAUUUCAUGUUGAGUCAAAAAGUCAUAAUUCUUAUUAUAUUAGUGUAAAAAAAACAGUACAUCAAAAUGUAGCUUUUAAUUAGGGCCCAAGCACUUACAAUGCUUAGGCCCGUAUUGUAUCUGUAGGAUUUUUUUUCUUUUUCUUUCUUCUUUAUUUUUCCGACUAAAUGAGGGCCUUUUUUCCCCCUAAACGUGCCCCAAUGUCACCAAAUUGUGCACCAAGCCAGGCCUGGUGAAAAAUGUGAUAUUUAAUGGUUUACAUUAAUGGGCGUGGCCUAAUGGCUCAACAGCGCCCCCUAGAAAACUUUGUGCCUCAAGCCCUACAAUACGGUUUGACGUACAUGCACGAAAAUCGGUACACACCUGUAUCAUGGCACAACUUAAAGAAAAGUCUCCUGGCGCCAUGGCCGAAACCCAACAGGAAGUCUGCAAUUUUCAAUUAAUCAUGUAAUUUUAGCGCAAUUUAUGCCAUUCUUUCGGCAGUUAAUGCGGCCCGAAGCCUACUAUGAUUGUAGUGAUGGAUAAAAGUCUAUGCUGCCGCGUUUCAUUCCAAGUUUUCCUUUUGUUGUUUCUCUACGUGUCACUGAUGAAGAGAGACAGUCAAGAGAUCCGUGGAAAUAACAGCGUUUGUUCAUUAAAACACGAAGCACAAAUGAACUUGACUUGGUCAAUGAAUGUUCCUCAGAGUUUGUUCCAGUAAAUAUUGUGUUUUUUGGAUAUUAUGAUUGUUAACACUUCAAAGAAAAUGUAAAUUCUUCAGUAAAACUUGGAUCUUU